UACCCUUGCGACGGACGGACGGAGUCCCCAUCCCUUCCUUCGCCCAUGUUUCACUUGGCUCCCACUCCACUUCCGCUGCCGUGCCUCGGCUCCGCUCCGCUCUCCCAUCCUGAAACGAAACCCCAAACCCCAGGCCCGAAAACCACCGCCGGGAGAUUCCGCGAGAUCUGAGCGCCAUGGUGGCCGACGGGGCAGCAGCGGCCGCGCCCCGGCUGAACCCGUCGCCGUCCCCGCGCCGCCGCCGCGCCGCCUCCGCGCUCUCCCCGGCCAAGUCCAACGCCAACGCCGACGCCGACGCCCGGCCCAAGCCCAAGGCCAAGGCCAAGGCUGUCUCCUCCCGCUACCUCCUCGGCCCCUCCUCCAAGUCCACAUCCUCCUCCUCCACCACCACCUCGAGCUCCAACUCGACCUCGACCUCGGCCUCCACGCCAUCCCGCCGCUUCGCGUCGCCGCUGCCCAGGCGGUCCGUCUCCGUCGACCGCCCGCGCCCGACCCCGGCUAACAAUGCCGCCGCAGGAGAGGCCGGGGGCCCCAAUGCGGGCACCACCACCACCACGAGGAGCCUCUCCGUGGCGUUCCAGGGCCGGUCCUUCUCCUUCGAGACCAGCAAGGCGAAGACGGCAACGUCCCCGUCGCCAGCGCGGCGGCCGGUGGCUGCGGUGGCGGGGGCCACCACGCCGGAGAGGAGGAGGCCUGGUGUGGGUGGUACAGUGCCGGAGAGGGGGAAGGGGUUUGAGGGGGGUCAUACCCACCACAGGUGGCCAAUAUCGGCGAGGGUGUCGCAGGGGUUUGAGGGGAAUCCGCUUACCAAGAGCUUCGACUGUUCUUUGCACAAGAGGGACGCGGCUGUCCUUGCAGCUGUCCGGUCGCUCCGGCAGUCCAUGAUGUUUGAGGAGGGGGUGCGGCGUUCCUCGUUCGAUGGUGGGGACUACUUGAUGUCGUCAGACACAGAGAGCGUGUCGUCAGGGAGCAAUUCAGGGUCUCAGGAUGCAGGCAUUGGCAUUGCCCACAGAGCACGCCCGUCGCCUAAGGGGAUGAGUGUACCAGCCCGGUUCUUGCAGGAUGCUGCUGCCAGCAGGUCGCAUCGAUUUGCAGAUCCGGGCACACCAUACUUGACACAUAACUCUGGGUUGGCCACAUCUCCCAGGACAGCACCAGUUAAGAAAUCACUGUUGAAUGGCUUUGUUUCAUCUCCGCUGAAUAGGCCAAUCAGGCAACCUUCACCAAGUAAGCUUACAGGUAAUCCAUCAAGGAGGAUGUCAAGUCCAUCACGGGUGAGAAACUCCGUGGGGUCAAGCACAUCAUCUCGGGAUCAGCAGGGAAGAAGCUCAUCUGGUUAUGGUUUGGAUGGUGAAGUGAGGAGGAGGUGGCAUGGGGGUAGUAAGGUUGACUGUGAGCACCUAUUGAGAAUUUUAUCCAAUCGACAUUUGCAGUGGCGGUGUGUGAAUGCACAGGCUGAUGCUGCACUUGCUGCACAGAAAUUGACUGCAGAGAAAUACUUAUCUGAUGCAUGGAUUACUACCCUAGGUCUGCGUAAAUCUGUUGCUCUUAAGAGGUUCCAGCUACAGCUAUUCCGAAACAAUUGGAAACUGAUGACUGUUCUAAAGGGACAGAUGGCAUAUCUGGAAGAAUGGUCUUUAUUAGAGGGGGACUAUGCUGAUUCUUUGUCCGGAAUUGUGGAAGCUCUAACUGCUACCAUUUUGUGCCUUCCCGUUACUGAUGGAGCAAAGGCUGAUAUCCAAGAUGUGAAAAAUGCUGUUGGCUCUGCAGUUGAUAUCAUGCAAACAAUAGGAAGUUCAAUAUGUGCAUUACUGUCUAAGCUAGCUGGAACACGUAUUUUGGUUUCUGACCUUGCCAAAGUUUCUACUGAAGAGCGCACUCUAAUGGAGCAGUCCAGAGAAUUGCUGUCCACACUUGCAACAAUGCAUGUCAAGUAUUGUAGCCUACAAGGGCAGAGAGUACAGACAACUCACAGGAGGUUCAUGCAUUCCUAGUUCAGACUACUCUAACGAGUCUAACCCCACUAACUGAAGAAUGUUAGGUGCAAUUGCAAAUUCUGGUGGCUUGCUGGAACCCACUCAACGAUCUGACUCUUCUGAAGAAAAGUUACCUUAUCUAGUUCAUAUGGUCUCAUCGUGGUCGUGGUUCUCUAGUUCUGAUUGCUGAGUUGAUCUAUGAUAGCCUAUGCAGAGCAGGUGUAACGCAACAUGUAUAUAUCUUUUUCUUUGUUGGUUUUAGCUGAGCGUUAGGUCGACUACUAACUAGUUAGAUUGCGUUCUUUUUGUUCGUCAGGUGACCUCGUGGCCACCAGGGCAAUGCAAUAUAACUUCUAGCAGUAUAUUAGUUUCUUUCUCUGCCUCCAAACCACAAAUUGCGACUUCGAUCUGCUUCAGGCGUCAUGUUCGAUGUUUGGGGUUUCCUUGUCGCCGAUCGAAGUUCUCUUACUGUGUAUGGCUGUAGGUUGCAGAUAUUCAUUUGUUCUCGUGUAAAAGUCGAUUGUGUAUUGCCUGGUGGUGGUUGUGGGCUGUGAACCAAACCAAGAUCAA